ACAAAACGAAGAGACACAAUUUGGUUUCCUUUUCCUCGGUCGAAUUAGAACACAUGCGUCUCAUUCUUUCUCUGGCGCUUAGCAAAAUACUUCUAUUUCUGUAAAAAAAUGGUUCAACUUUUCCCAAUUCUCAUAAUCUCCAACUGAUUAGAUGCACAUGUAGAAAAGGGAAGCACUGAAAUUCCAAGAUUUCCUCUAGCGUAGAAGCAGACAUUAAAUUGUCACAAAAAAAGGUUCUGGCUUUCCUUCCAUGGGUGCUCCUAAGCAGAAAUGGACUGCAGAAGAAGAAGCGGCGCUGAAAGCUGGAGUUGUCAAACACGGGUCAGGAAAAUGGCGCACUAUACUUUCUGAUCCCGAGUUCAGUUCCAUUUUGCGUACGCGGUCCAAUGUAGAUCUCAAGGAUAAAUGGAGGAAUAUAAAUGUCACAGCAAUAUGGGGUUCCCGGCAGAAGGCGAAGCUUGCCCUUAAAAAGAACCUUGCACUUCCAGCCCCCAAAACUAACAAUAACCAAUUGGCCGUGAGUAAAGUAGUUCAACGUGAAGACAUUCUCGAUGUUAAGCCCCUAGCAGCCUCUAGCGGAACAUUGCAAUCUUCAAAUUCAAAAGAACAAGUAUCAAGGUUGGGGGAUAAUCAUGUACUAGAGGCUAUUGUCAAUAUGAAAGAGUCAAAGGGUUCUGACAAGGCUGCCAUUGCUACUUACAUAGAGGAAAAAUAUCAGUGUCCACCAAAUCUUAGAAAGUUAUUGUCAACAAAAUUGCAGCAGAUGGUGACAAGUGGCAAAAUAAUCCAGGAAAAGCAGAAGUACAAAAUUAUGGCCAGUUCAACAGUAUCUGAGAAAAGUAGAAGCUCUUCCUUGAUGCUCGUUGAAGCGAGGCCCAAAGAUUCUCCAGAAGUGGAUAAGAGUGGUGUGGUCAAGGUGCUUUCAAAAUCCCAAAUUGAUGAAGAGCUAACAAAAAUGAAGAGGAUGUCAGCUGAAGAGGCGGCCGCUGCAGCUGCAAAAGCAGUUGCGGAGGCAGAACUUGCCAUUGCGCAGGCUGAGGAAGCAGCUAGGGAGGCAGAGGCUGCAGAAGCUGAAGCUGAGGCUGCUCGAGUCUUCGCAAAAGCAACAAUGAAGGCGCUCAAAUGCAAACUUCGUAGUUGAUGCUGUGGACUUUUGCUUGUUCAUCAUCGUCCGAGUUGGCUUGAGAUAACAGUUUAACUGCUGCAUUUACUGUCAGUUUUUUUGUAGCUGUACAUAACUUUCAGCUUGUAAAUCUGAAAUAUGCGGGAUCAUUCAUGAAACUUUUUGUCAGGAGUUAGUUACAGCUUUAUUUUACUUUAUCCGUUUUAUUAUUUAAGGAAGACAGCGAGGGAACGCUCCAAAGUACUAAAGAAGAGUGUCGUGAUGGAAUGAUUGCCAUAGACUUAUUCCAUUUGGACUAGAUGAAAGACGACACUUUUUAGUAGUGCUCCAAAAGCGACAUGUAUUGUCAUUGAUAUGCCGCUACAUUUACAUUGCUUGUUCUAAACAUCGUUUACAUUACUUGGGCUAUGCAAUAUAUUGACUUCCUUUUGACA